CAUGUCUGAUUACUUUUUUGUCACUAGAUCGGUAAGGUUUGACAAAGAAAAAACAAAAUGUGACGCUGGCAGAUUGUUGACAAAAGGGAACCAGGAAGUGAACAAGGAGCUUUUCUUCUUUGGACGCGUGUCGGAGCCGUCACGUCGCCAUCCAGUGGUAAAAUAACUUGUUCUCGCCAGCAGGUGGGAGUAGUGAGCUCAAGCAGUUACUAUCGCAUAUUAGCUCCGUAGAAGAAGAGCCGGCACAAACCAGUGUGCACUGUGAACAGGACAAGGAUGAAGACCCUCAUGGUGUUUGAUUUUGACCACACAGUUGUGGAUGACAACAGUGACACUUGGGUGAUAAGAUGUCUUCCUGGUGGGACCCUCCCUGACUCAGUGAAGAACUCGUAUAGAAAAGGACACUGGACUGAAUACAUGGGAAAUGUGCUGAAGUAUAUAGGAGAGCAGAACGUGACUCCUGACCAGAUCCGCAGUGAAUUGGAGACCAUCCCUUUCACUGAUGGAAUGAAAGAGUUACUGACCUACAUCUCUUUGCAUAAGAACUCCAUCGAUUGCAUCGUGAUCUCUGAUUCCAACACAUUGUUCAUCGAGUGGAUUCUACAUGGCUCCAGACUCCAGUCGGCCGUAGAUCAAGUCUUUACAAACCCGGCUCACAUAAACGAACAAGGCUACAUGGAGGUACGAGGCCACCACACUCACAGCUGCACCAGAUGCCCUGUUAAUAUUUGCAAGAAAGAAGUGCUAUCGGUUUAUCUGUCGCAACAGUCGGAGCGCGGCGUGGAAUACAAGAAGGUUUUCUAUGUAGGAGAUGGAGGGAAUGACCUUUGCCCUACGGCCUGUUUAAGAGAGCAAGAUGUAGUAAUGCCAAGGAAAGGCUACACUUUAGAGAAGUAUCUGGCUCAACUGGAAAAUCAGCUCCAUUCUAUAAGACCAAGUGUGAUAGCCUGGAGCAGUGGUAACGAAAUACUUGAAGAGCUAAAAGCAAGUGUCUAGUCACUAUGCACAAUGUUGCUUCCACUUUGCGAAAAAACAAAAAGAAGAGGAUUUUAUUGAUCAUUAAAAAAACAAAUAUAUAUAUAUAUAUAUAUAUUAUAUUAUUAAAUCACAAAAACUUUUACAAUAAACUCGUGUUCAAUGCUUAGUUUCUCAAAUUUACUUGAAUAUUACCUCAGGGCAUAUAUCAGGUUAGGCAAAGUUUGACCUGUUGUAUGAACAAACAAAAGUAAAUAACAGCAUUGAACAGUAUUAAAAUAAUGAUGCACUGAUGAUAUGGUAAUAUGCGAUAACAUUUUAAGCUCGUGUGCCGGUUAUUUAGUAGAAACACUGUCUAUUAUUUUACUGAUCAAGUUAAAUUGUUAAAAGUGUUGUACUGGUUAUUUUUGUUGUAUAUCUGCUUCUCUCUGUCUCUGUCCCUUCCACUGGACACUUUGCACAAUUUUCACUAUCCAAUGGAUGGGGCAAGAGAUUGAUACAGGGUGGGGCAGACUAAUCAGUUUAAUUUCUUGCAUAACUUAAAAUCAAUUGUUCAAUAAAACUUUGUGCCCCAGUAUGAUGUAUUAUGCAGCGUUAAGCAUUCAUUUUUACAUGUCCUGAAAUAGAAGAGCUAUAAUUAAUAAUAAUAAUGAUUAAUGAUAAAAGCCAGUAUUUUAACUACAAACAAAAAUGGAUUUUUUAAAACUUACAAGAGUUUUGUUUUGUUUGCACAAGCAAUUUAAUCAUUAUUGUAACUUUAAAUGAUCAAUAAAUGCAUAAAUAAUAAGUUAUGUUUACAGCGUAGCUUAACUGCUUUGUAAAUGUUACUCAGCAUAAUUGAAGUAAUUAUAUUAAACUUUGAAAUGGCCAUUACGUAAGGUGUGUCCGAAUUGUAUACACCAAAAAAUAUGGACUAAUUCUGACUAACUGAAUAUUUGAUGUACUUCACAUAAAGUAUAUACUGUUAAUGUA